AUGGGCGAUCGGGAGCUGCGUCAGAUCCGGAAGAGCAAGGAGAGAGCGCAGCGGAAGGGGGACCACAAGGAGGAAGCCGCUCUCUGCAACCGGCUGGGAGAGUUUUUGGCCCGUCACGGACGCUUUCGGGAGGCUCUGGACGAGCACAGGCUGGAACUGCAGCUCCUGGAGAGCGGCGAGGACCUCAUCGGCUGCGCGGUCGCCCACCGGAAAAUCGGGGAGUGCUUGGCUGAGCUGGAGAGCUAUGAAGCUGCCCUCAAGCACCAGCGUCGCCACCUGGAACUGGCCAGCUCCGUCUCCAACGGGGUGGAGGAGCAGAGGGCGUGGGCCACCAUUGGCCGCACCUACAUGUUCAUGGCCGAGAGUGACCCGCUGGGGGAGGCCCUGCAGGAGGCUGAGAAAGCCUUCAUGAAGAGCCUGACUGUUCUGGAGGAGAAGCUGGAAGGUCAGGUACCGCAGAGGGAGGUGAGCGAGAUGAGGGCACGGCUCUACCUGAACCUUGGCUUGAUCUAUGACAGCCUGAGAAACCCCGCCCUGCGCAUCUCCUACAUCAAGAAGAGCAUCUACAUUUCUGAGCAGGCUCACCUGUCGGAAGACCUCUUCCGAGCCUACUUCAACCUGGGCAACAUCCACCUGCGGGAGAAGGAGCACUCAAAAGCCAUGCGCUGCCUGGAGCGCGCCCGGGAAUGUGCCUGCAAGAUGAAGGAGAAAUGCAUGGAGAGCGAAUGCUAUGCCAGCAUCGCCCAGGUCCUUCUGGGCCUGGGGGAUUUCGUGGCCGCCAGACGGUCCCUGAAGAAGGCCUACCGCCUGGGCUCCUGGCAGCCCCAGCAACAGGACAGCGUUGGCCGCAACCUGCGUUACGCCACGAAGGUGAGUCGCUUGCAAGGAGCCCUGGAGGAGGCCGAGGCUGCGGGCGACCUGGAGGCAGCGCUGGGACUCUACGAGCAACUGGGUGACCUUUUCUGCAAGAUGGGCGAGUAUCGGAGGGCUGUGGAGGCCUAUGAGAAGCAGCUCGGCCAUGCCCAGGCCUUGGGGCGUCCGGAGCAGGAGUUGGCUGUGAUUCACGUCUCUUUGGCGGCCACCUUUGGGGACCUCAAGGACCAUGCCCAGGCGGUGGAGCAUUACCAGGCAGAACUGGCCCUGCGGCGUGGGAACCCCAUGGAGGAGGGCAAAACGUGGCUGAACAUCACCCUGGCCAAGGAUGAGGCUGGCGAGACCUACCAAGAAUUGGAGACCUGUUUCCAAGCCGCUCUGCAAUGUGCCCAAAAGGCCGGUGACCCCAAACUGGAGCUUCAGAUCCUGCAGCACCUCCAAGCUUCUCAGCAGAGAUGGGGCUGCCCGCCGGCGGCCACGGCAGAGACGUCAGCCCGGCUGCAGGCCCUCCGCGCCUCCCAGGGCUGCCCCUCAGACGGGGAGAGCAGCGAGGAAGAGGAGAUGCAGAACAGCCAGGCCUUGGAGGCCAGCGACGUGGAGCUCUCCGACAGCGAUGAAGAAGAGGACAUGGAAGGCUACAGCAAAACAGUCCCUGGACGGCGGAGGGUCAGCAAGUGGAACCAGCGGAACGACAAGGGCGAGACUCUUUUGCACCGCGCCUGCAUCGAAGGGAAUCUGCGCCAAGUCCAGUUUUUUCUGGAGAAGGAGCACCCUGUAAACCCCCGGGACUAUUGCGGAUGGACCCCCCUUCACGAGGCCUGCAAUCACGGGCAUCUGGAGAUCGUCCGCUUGCUCUUGGACCACGGCGCCACCACUGAUGACCCAGGGGGGCCGGGCUGUGACGGCAUCACCCCGCUGCACGAUGCCCUCAAUUGCGGCCACUUCGAUGUGGCCGAGCUCCUCAUCCGUAGAGGCGCGUCAGUGUUGCUGCGCAACGCCACGGGUCUGACCCCUUUGGGCACCCUCCAAGCUUGGGGGCAACUCUACGGGAAGGAUCUGGACCAGGAAACCCGCAACCGCUGCAAAGACAUGGAGAGCUUGCUUCGGAAAACCAUGGCAGGGCAAGGUUCCCGGCCCCCACCUCCCCGCGGAGACCCUGCCAGCCAGCUCUUUGAUGCAGAGCUCUCCGAGUGCCAAGGCCCCCCUACGAAGCCCCCCGGUGCCCGGCAGCGCCAUCAAGAGCCGGAAGAGGAGGACUGCAUGGGCCCCUUGCGGCCGGUCAAGAAGAGGCAGCGUCUGCUUGACCCGGCCCUGGCGGGGGAGGCCGGGAGGGCGCCCCCUGCAGACUAUCAAGCCGCCAUGCUUGGGCUGGGCAGCGCCCCCCUCCGCCCCCCUCCGAGCCCGGAGCGCCACAAGGGACCCCCCCGGGCAGCCCUGAUCCCAGCCGACGAGUACGUGGGGGACGACUGGCUGGAGGACGACCUGGGGGCCAGCGGGGGCUCUCGGAAAAGGAGCCGUGGGACCCCGAGCGGCUUCCUUAGCCUCUGCUCUCCUCUCCUUCUGCAGCUGCCGUCGCCUCCUGUCCGGGUGCGAGUUCAGGUCCAGGACAGCGUCUUCCUGAUUCCGGUGCCACAAAGUGAGGGCGAGAGCCGGCCAGUCUCGUGGCUGGCCGAGCAGGCCUCCCAGCGCUACUACCAGACCUGCGGCCUCUUGCCCCGGCUGACCCUCAAGAAGGAGGGGGCUCUGCUGGCCCCUCAGGACAACAUCCUGGACGUCCUGCAAAGCAACGAGGAGGUCUUGGCGGAAGUGCAGUCCUGGGACCUGCCCCCCCUGGUGGAGAGAUACCGCAAGGCCUGCCAGACCCUGGCGGUGGGAGAACAGCCGCUGCUGGUGAAGCUGCUGGAGCGCCAGGAGUCGGGUUCGUCCUUCAGCGUCUCCGGCACGGCCCUGCGCCAGCGGCAUCUGCGCCCUCUCCUGCGGGCGCUCAAGCUGCAGGCUUCCAUCCGCCAGCUGUGCCUCUCUGGGACCGGCCUGGGGGACGAUUCGGCUGAGGAGCUCCAGGCCACCCUGAGGACCAUCCCCGGGCUGAAGCGACUGGAUCUCUCGGCCAACCGGCUGGGCCCCGACGGGCUGCACAAGUUGGCUGCAGGCCUUCCUGGGUCAUUGACCUUCCAGAACUUAGAAGAGCUGGACCUCAGCUUGAACCCCUUGGGUGACCGCUGCUCCCAGUCCCUGGCCUCGCUGGUUCAGGCCUGCCCUGUGUUGGGCACCCUUCAAUUGCAAGCCUGCGGCCUUGGCCCCACCUUCCCGGAGCCUCACUCUCUCCUGCUGGCCGGCGCCUUGAAAGGAGCUGUGAACCUCAGGAGGCUCUCUCUGUCCCACAAUGCCCUGGGCUCCCGCGGCCUUGGGGUGCUGCUUAAAAGCCUGCCCUGCCACUCGCUCACCCAUCUGGAGAUGGGCUCCCUGGACCUCCGGGCGGGCGACCGGCCGCAGCUGAGGGACACCGUGGUUAGGUAUCUGAUGCAGGAAGGCUGCGUUCUGACCCACCUGGGAUUCUCUGGGAAUCACCUGGAUGAUGAGGAUGUGUCAGAGCUAGCUAGGAGCCUCCCUGCUUGCCUGUCCUUAGUCUCGCUGGACCUGUCGGCAAACCCCGCCAUCGGCCUGGUUGGCCUCCGGACGCUGCUGGUCACCCUGGAGGAGCGGAAGCGAGGACUCCGGUUCCUUAGCCUGGCCGGCUGUUCUGUCCGUGGACCCCUGGAGACCGUCACGUGGACGAAGCUCAGCUCCCUGGUGGGUCAGCUGCAACUCUGCGGCCGGCAGCUAAGCAGGAGCGAUCAGCGGGACGUGGCUGAGCACUGGCGUGGCCCGGCCAACACUUCCCUCCACUCCGUCACCCGCCACCACAAACUCUUCUGCCAGAGUGUGUAG